CCUUGUUAAUCGGGUAAACGAAGCCGUGAAGUACAUAAACGAGUGUAAUGCCGGUUCCAAAUCUCAAAUUGCCACGCCUCGCCUUCCCCCAGUUGGGGGGUCGCCCCUCUCUCCGGAUACAACAUUCCCGGUCUCGCAGUCCGCAGUCGAUUCGCGUUCCCUUGCAAAUUCCUUACCGUCCCCUGUGGCCCCUUCUAUCCGCUCCACCUUGUAGUCCCGAGUUCCUCCUUGUUUCCCCUUCUCACUUUCCUCUGGCCGUUCGAUCAUCGUAAUUAAUCGCAGUGACGGUACAAAGACCCGCAGUGUCGAUUAUUCGGCCAAUGGUAACGGUGAAUCUAGUAGAGAUGCCGAGGAGUCAUCGAAAGGUUUGAACGAACAUAACCCCACUCCUGACCGCUCUCCGACCCUCCUGUCAGUGUGACUCGCGUGACAAUAUCUGCCAUUUCGACGAAUUGCAAGGAAAAUCUGGAACGCGUCGUUUCAACUCGGAAGGGAAACGUUGCUCGCGAAAUGUCCACAGAAAGUGUGAAGACGUUCGCCAGUCUGGAGACUCCUGGGUACGUGGGAUUUGCGAAUCUGCCGAAUCAGGUACAUCGGAAAUCCGUGAAGAAAGGAUUCGAGUUCACAUUAAUGGUGGUUGGGGAGUCCGGCCUGGGAAAAUCUACUCUUGUUAAUAGCUUGUUUCUUACGGAUUUAUAUCCAGAACGAGUAAUUCCUGAUGCCGUUGAGAAAACAAAUCAGACUGUGAAACUUGAUGCUUCCACGGUGGAAAUUGAAGAAAGAGGGGUUAAACUUCGUCUUACAGUGGUAGACACCCCUGGCUAUGGAGAUGCAAUCGAUAAUACGGAUAGCUUUAGAGCUAUUAUACAGUAUAUCGACGAUCAAUUCGAAAGAUUUCUUUGUGAUGAAAGUGGCUUGAACCGAAGAAAUAUCGUGGAUAAUCGAAUUCAUUGUUGUUUCUAUUUCAUCUCACCGUUUGGUCAUGGAUUGAAACCUUUAGACAUCGAAUUUAUGAAAAAAUUACACAAUAAAGUGAACAUUGUGCCAGUGAUCGCAAAGGCUGAUGUUCUUACUAAAAAAGAGGUGCUGCGUUUAAAAAAACGUGUUAUGGAAGAAAUUGAAGGCAGUGGUAUCAAAAUCUACCCGCUACCAGAUUGUGAUAGCGACGAGGAUGAAGAUUACAAAGAACAAGUGAGACAAUUGAAAGAAGCAGUUCCAUUUGCAGUUUGUGGUGCAAAUACAUUGCUUGAAGUCAAAGGAAGGAAAGUUCGAGGUAGACUUUAUCCAUGGGGUGUCGUCGAGGUGGAAAAUCCAGAGCAUUGUGAUUUUAUCAAGCUAAGAACAAUGUUAAUUACGCACAUGCAAGAUCUGCAAGAGGUGACGCAAGAAGUACAUUAUGAAAAUUAUCGUAGUGAAAGAUUAGCUAAAGGAGCACCUGUACCUCCUCGGCGUCAGACGAUCAUCGAGUCAGAAAAAGCUAAUUCUGUGUCAGAAAAAGAUCGUAUUCUUCAAGAGAAAGAAGCAGAACUGCGCCGUAUGCAAGAAAUGUUAGCAGCAAUGCAAGCGCAGAUGCAACAGCAACAGCCUUAAUUUAAUAAGAGCGAAACUUAAGAAAGGUAGACAAGGAUCUUGAUCUUGCCAGGUGCCAAACAAUCGGUAGGAAAUUAUAUGAACAAAGGAGUCUAUUCAUGACGUUGUUAAGAAACGUGUCGGUCGCAUAAGUCUUAACAUCUUCAUGCAAGGAGUUCGUUGGUCGUCUUAGGACAACGAUUUAAAGGCAACAUAUUUGUUCCUAGAUAGAUUGUCUUCGAUAUCAUCAAGAUAUAUACUUAAUCGAUUACACUGUACCUUGGUAGUAUAUUUUUAUACAUAGAAAUGAAAAUCCAUUUCGUGAUCAUUUCUAAUGUCUAUUAUUCAGGAAAGAAUCCAUGCUAAAACAGAUGUCAUAAAUGAACUAUUAUAACAAUCAAUGAACAGUACUACCAAGAACGAUACAAUCAUACUACAAAGUGCCUUGCAAUUUCUUUGUGACGCGUUGUCGUCUUCCUCGCAUCGCGCCUAUAAUCCAUGAGACUUGUUGGAAGUACACUCUGGGUAUUGUAUUCCUUUUUAUUUGCAAUAUGUAUCGAUAUGUAAGAAAACGUAUUAUUAAUAUCGUAUCAGAUAAUAUCAAUAUUUUAUGGUUUGUUGCUAUAUUUAAUUUGGAGUCAUUACAAAGUACAAGAUGAUAUUUUUCCAAAUGAUGUAGUUGGAUAACUGCAAGAUUAAAGAAUGUUAGCUAUAAAUUUAAGAAGAAUCAAAGUUAGAAAAUGAUACCGCAUUCGUGAGGUUUGCAUAAGUGAUUUUAUAGAACAAUACUAAAAAUAACAAUAAUUGUUAUUCAACCAAUUUUAUAUAUGUAUUCCUAAUAUCUUCCAUACCACGGUUUCUUAACGGUGAGAAAAAGAGAAAAAUUCCAUUAUACAAAUUUGAUAUUCCGUAUAUCACAAUUAGUGUUGCUAGUAACUGUUCAGUAGUCUUUUCCUUUUCGUGAUGUGAUAAGCAAUGACAAGAGUUUGUACGUUUAGAAAUAUAUAUACAUAUAUUUUUUUUUUAGAACAAACGGAAUUUGAACGUUUGUUCUGAAAUCGCAGUAGCCUUUAGUUUUGUCUUCAUUGAGAAGAAGACAAUUUACUUUUGUAUCUCAGACCUCGGUCAUCGUAUUAAUGACGUUUUAUAUUAGCACAGAUUUUAUACGAUAAAUGUUCACAAUCUUCUUCAUGAGUAACUGUCCGAAAAAGUGUGCAUAAAAAGUCAGAUAAAAAUCAAAGUGCACAAAUUUUGUAUUGUACAGCUUCCAGGUUCACAUACUCAUGCGAAUUGUACUUAUUUGUACGAAUUUUUUAAUAAAGUGUGUACGCACACAUUCUUAUAUUCACAGAGA